CAUAUUUCUUAUUAAUUUCGUGAUUCAGGCCUAAACAUGGCAGGCACUCAAAUUCUUGUGAACGAGCUUGUCACCAAGCUUAGAAAACGGAAGGUCGAGGGUUCACAGGCAACUGCUCUUCUGACAGCGGAGUUGCUUCGGUCAGUCAUAUCCCAGCUGAAGGUGCCACAAACCAACCAGGCUGAAACUCUCAUUGAAGCUGUACAAAGUGUGGGAGAGCAGCUCGUUGCUGCCAGUCCUGUUGAGCUUGCUGUUGGGAACAUUGUAAAGCGUGUUUUGCACGUAAUUAGAGAGGAGGAUUUUUCAGUUGCGACAAAUGCUCUUAGAGGACUGGUAUCAUCUGCUGGCGGUGAUAACAGGGAUACUGCUGAACAUAAAGAUUUCCGAGCUCAAAAUGUGGCUGCUGUUGCUGCAGGACCUCCAUCGCGCCCCCCUUCAUUGCAUUCCCUUCUUGACCGCACACCUGAUUCGGCAAUAGCUCACCACUCUUCCUAUAUUGGAGAUUCUUUCGAAGGAAAAGGAAAAUCAGCCGAUAGAAACACAGAGAUCUGGAAAUUGAAGCAUGAUGUGAUACGGGCAGUUAAUGAACUCAUCGAAGAUAUAAACAGUUGCCACGAACAGAUUGCAGAACAUGCAGUGGAGCUUAUUCAUCAAAAUGAGAUUAUUUUAACUUUUGGUCGUUCAAGAACUGUGAGGGAAUUCCUAUGUGCUGCAAAAGAGAAAAGAUCAUUUCGGGUUUUUGUUGCUGAAGGAGCUCCAAAGUAUCAGGGGCAUGCCCUUGCUAAAGACCUCGUAGCAAGAGGCUUACAGACUACACUGAUUACUGAUUCUGCAGUUUUUGCAAUGAUUUCUCGAGUGAACAUGGUUGUAGUUGGAGUUCAUGCCGUGAUGGCUAAUGGUGGCGUCUUAGGUCCUGUUGGGUUGAACAUGGUUGCACUUGCUGCCAGGAAGCAUGCUGUUCCAUUUGUUGUGGUUGCUGGUACUCAUAAGUUGUGUCCGUUACAUCCACAAAAUCCACAAGUCCUGCUAAAUGAAAUGAGAUGUCCACCAGAACUCUUGCAAUACGGGGAAUUCUCAGAUUGCAUGGACUUCAGCAUUGGUAGCGGCACUCCUCUACUUAAUGUUGUCAAUCCUGCAUUUGAUUAUGUGCCACCAGAGCUUGUCAGUCUUUUCAUUACCGACAUAGGAGGAUAUAACCCGUCAUUCAUGCACCGGCUCAUUGCUGAUUAUUACUCUGCUGACGAUGUGAAUCUGCCAAAGAAAACCACUUCUUGAAAAGGCAUGGCUGAGAUCUUGAUGGAGACUUUUAGUGGACUGUGAAAACUGAAAUGAUAGCUUAAUCAGGAUUCUUCACCCGAAGAAAAAAAUAGCAUUCAAAAUGUAGGUUUUUUUCUUCGUUUUUUUUCCCUUAUCUUGUGGCUCUUGAUGACGAUGCUAAUUGCUUGACAAAAAGGAACCUGAAUAGAUUUCUUUCCAUUUGGCAAAAUAUGUGCCAACAGAUUUAAAAUAUAGCAAUACAGUAUUGCUGUAGGAAAGUUUUCGGUAGAGAAGUGACUACCUGCAAAACCAAAGUUUCAAACUCUAAAAAAGUGAGAUCUAUCGGCUGAGAACAGUGCUUUAUAAUUAA